CAAAAAAAAAAAACCAAAAACGAACUGCAGGCGGCUGGGCGGCACGCAAACCGGGAGGGAGCAGCGAACAUCACACCAGAGCCGCCUGGUUUCUGAUUGCUCCGCGGCAGAGAGGGGGGAGAGACAGAGACUGAGAGGGGCGAGCGGCGGGGAUGCUGCCCCGCAAGUUUCCUUGAUGCCUUCGGGAGCGUGAAGGAGGCGCCCGGCCCUUCUCCCUCUGCCCGCCUCGGGAGCUCGGCGGCGGGGGCGAGGCGCUCCGCCGUGGCAAACUGAAGCCCCCUCGGCGCUGCCUCCGGCCGGGGAUGCGGGGGGCCGUGCGGCGCGGACGGGGGAGGAGGCUGCUCCUGCGGAGGAGGCUGAUGAAGCUGCCGGGGGCGCUUCUGAGGGGCUGAAGGUGCCGCCGGCCGAAGCCGGCGGAGGGAGCGGGGCGCGACCCCUCCCGCCGCCGCCGCCGCCGCCGCCGCUUCGAAGUUGCCGGAGCUCUCCGGGCUCCCAGCGCCGCCGCCCCUCACGGCAGGGCGGCAGCGGGGGCUCCCGCCCUCGCCCUCCGGACCGCCGCCGUGCCCCAGGACCCCGCUGGUGGAUGCGCCCGGCCCGGCCCGGGGAGCCCCCGGCGGCAGUGCAGGCAGCGCAACCCGCCGGGCCGCACCGGACCCCGCUGGGGCGGCGGGCGGGGGAGCCGCGGCGGCGUUCCCCGCCGGCCUGAAGGAGGACGGGGAGCCUCGGCGGGCCGAGGACGCGGGGCGCUCGGCGGGCACCAGCCAUGGGGUGUUGUGAGGUGAGGGGAUUGCUCUGGAGAGUCGGCCUCUUCCUCCCCCUGCUGACAGCGCGCCCCGCCGCCGCCGGUCACGUCGGCAGCAACCACGUUGUGUUACUUGAUACUACAGCUGCCCUUGGAGAACUAGGAUGGAAAACAUUUCCUUUAAAUGGGUGGGAUGCCAUAACAGAAAUGGAUGAAUACAAUCGUCCCAUUCAUACUUACCAGGUAUGUAAUGUGAUGGAACCAAACCAAAACAACUGGCUUCGAACAAACUGGAUCUCCCGUGAUGCUGCACAGAAGAUUUAUGUGGAAAUGAAGUUUACCCUGAGGGACUGCAACAGUAUUCCGUGGGUACUGGGAACCUGCAAGGAAACUUUCAAUCUCUACUAUAUGGAGUCAGAUGAGUCUCAUGGAGUAAAAUUCAAGCCAAACCAGUACACUAAAAUUGAUACUAUUGCUGCUGAUGAGAGCUUUACCCAGAUGGACUUGGGUGACCGCAUUCUUAAACUCAACACAGAAGUUCGUGAGGUUGGGCCAAUAAACAAGAAAGGAUUUUAUCUUGCUUUUCAGGACAUUGGAGCAUGCAUUGCUUUGGUCUCAGUCCGUGUUUAUUACAAAAAGUGCCCUUUCACGGUCCGUAAUUUGGCUAUGUUUCCUGAUACUAUUCCAAGGGUUGAUUCUUCCUCUUUGGUGGAAGUACGGGGCUCCUGUGUGAAGAGUGCUGAGGAACGUGAUACUCCAAAAUUGUAUUGUGGAGCAGAUGGGGAUUGGCUUGUGCCUCUAGGACGAUGCAUCUGCAGUGUAGGAUAUGAAGAAGUGGAUGGCUCCUGCCAUGCUUGCAGGCCUGGAUUCUAUAAAGCAUUUGCUGGAAAUGUAAAGUGCUCCAAGUGCCCUCCACACAGUUUGACUUAUGUAGAAGCAACUUCUGUCUGUCAGUGUGAGAAAGGUUACUUCAGAGCUGAGAAGGACCCACCGACUAUGGCAUGUACCCGGCCGCCUUCUGCUCCAAGAAAUGUGAUUUUUAACAUUAAUGAAACAGCUCUCAUGCUGGAGUGGAGCCCCCCGAGUGAUACCGGAGGAAGAAAAGAUCUUACAUACAGUGUCAUCUGUAAGAAAUGUGGGUCGGACACCAGCCAGUGUGAGAUUUGUGGGGGAGGUAUCCGCUUCAUCCCCAGGCACACAGGUCUCAUCAACUCCUCUGUGACAGUGCUGGACUUCGUGUCGCACGUGAACUACACCUUCGAAAUAGAAGCCACGAAUGGGGUCUCGGAGCUGAGUUUCUCUCCCAAGCAAUUCACAGCUAUCACGGUUACCACAGACCAAGAUGCACCCUCCUUGAUAGGUAUGGUAAGGAAGGACUGGGCUUCCCAAAACAGCAUUGCCCUCUCCUGGCAAGAGCCGGACUUUCCCCAUGGAGCCAUUCUGGACUACGAGAUCAAGUACUAUGAGAAAGUCUACCCACGGAUAGCGCCGGCAUUUUGGCACUACCUGCGGGUAGAAGAGCAUGAGCAGCUCAGCUAUUCCUCCACAAGGUCCAAGGCUCCAAGUGUUAUCAUCACAGGUCUCAAGCCAGCCACCAAGUAUAUAUUUCAUAUCAGAGUCAGGACGGCAGCAGGAUACAGCGGCUAUAGCCAGAAGUUUGAAUUUGAAACUGGAGAUGAAACUUCUGAUAUGGCUGCGGAGCAGGGACAGAUUCUUGUAAUUGCCACUGCUGCUGUUGGUGGAUUCACUCUCCUGGUCAUCCUCACUUUGUUCUUCCUCAUCACCGGGAGAUGCCAGUGGUACAUAAAGGCCAAAAUGAAAUCUGAAGAGAAAAGAAGGGCUCAUUUGCAAAAUGGAGAUUUACGUUUCCCGGGAGUCAAAACAUAUAUCGAUCCAGACACGUAUGAAGACCCAUCUCUUGCUGUCCAUGAGUUUGCAAAGGAGAUAGAUCCUUCAAGAAUUCGUAUUGAGAGAGUUAUUGGGGCAGGUGAGUUUGGAGAAGUAUGCAGUGGACGUCUGAAGACACCCGGAAAAAGAGAGAUACCUGUUGCAAUUAAAACUCUAAAAGGUGGCUAUGUGGACAGGCAGAGAAGAGAUUUCCUGAGAGAGGCUAGUAUCAUGGGACAAUUUGAUCACCCAAAUAUAAUUCGCCUUGAAGGAGUUGUUACAAAAAGAUCCUUUCCGACCAUUGGGGUGAAGUCUCUUUCGAGAUUCCUGAGGGCGGGAUUUUUAAAUAGCAUCCUGGCCUCACAUCCAGUGUCAGGGGGUGGAUCUUUACCCCCCAGCAUUUCCUCUGGCAGACCAGUAAUGAUUGUAGUUGAAUACAUGGAGAAUGGAUCCCUUGACUCCUUUCUGCGGAAGCACGAUGGCCACUUCACGGUCAUCCAGCUGGUUGGCAUGCUGCGGGGGAUUGCGUCUGGCAUGAAGUACCUCUCGGACAUGGGCUAUGUACACCGUGAUCUGGCAGCCCGUAAUAUCUUGGUCAACAGUAACCUCAUGUGUAAAGUCUCCGAUUUUGGUUUGUCACGAGUGUUAGAGGACGAUCCUGAAGCUGCUUACACAACAAGCGGUGGAAAAAUACCCAUAAGGUGGACAGCUCCUGAAGCUAUAGCUUACCGGAAGUUCUCUUCGGCAAGCGACGCGUGGAGCUAUGGAAUUGUAAUGUGGGAGGUGAUGUCCUAUGGUGAGAGACCAUACUGGGAGAUGUCCAACCAGGAUGUUAUACUGUCUAUCGAAGAAGGCUACAGGCUUCCAGCCCCCAUGGGCUGCCCAGCUUCUCUUCACCAACUAAUGCUUCACUGCUGGCAAAAGGAGAGGAACCACCGUCCAAAAUUCAGUGAUAUUGUCAGCUUCCUAGACAAACUGAUCCGCAAUCCGAGCACCCUUCAUACCCUAGUGGAGGAUGUACUUGUAAUGCCAGAUUCACCUGGUGAGGUUCCAGAAUAUCCUUUGUUUGUUUCAGUCAGUGACUGGCUGGACUCCAUAAAAAUGGGUCAGUAUAAAAAUAACUUCAUGGCAGCAGGUUUCACUACUUUGGAUAUGGUUUCAAGAAUGAGUAUUGAUGACAUUAGAAGAAUUGGAGUUGUACUCAUUGGACACCAGAGACGAAUAGUCAGCAGUUUACAGACUUUGCGGUUACACAUGAUGCACAUACAGGAGAAAGGAUUUCAUGUAUGAAAGUACUAGAAUCAACUGUGUUUUGUGCCUCAGCAUUUCUAAAAUGGAAAAAUAUUCUCAUUCUUCCCUUCUGCUCUUCCCAACUUCAAGAACUGCAGUCUCCUCUUCAGACUAUAAAAGUACUUCUAUGUUAAUGCUUCCAAACUGGAAUUUUUAAUCACACUGCAUAGCUCCUCCGCCAGUUAUCUGCCGAUAAAAUCCUGGCCUACUGCAAGACUCUUGCUACACAUUGAUGAAUAACUCAGCAUGGAUGUGUAACUUUGUAUAACAGUAUUUGGGAAACUUUCAUGAACUUACUUGAAAGUAGUAAUCUAUUUGGCCUGGUGUGGCUUCUUUAUCGAUGUAUUUAGAGUUUGCUGGUAGAUCAAAAAGUAUUUGACUUCUUUCAUGUUCUGUGACCAUGUAACUUCCAAUACCAAAUGUGCAAUCAAAAAGAAGUUUGACAUAAAUAUUUAUUUUAUCUCUUAACUAAAUCCAAAUGUAUGGAUCCUAUCGUUAUAUUACUUUAUGAUAGUUUGAAUGCUGGUAAGCCGGUGCCUCAAAACCUUAGUAUUGUUUGCAGAAAUGAUUAAUGAUUUUAUGUACCGAGUUUUCAUUGUGUGAACAAUUGGGAGGAUAGUGAGAGUUUGAAAUCUUAAGGUCCUUGAUUUUUAAUUACUUUAGCACUCGACACUUUUUAUGCUUUAAAUUUUAGAUUAGGUUGGAAAAUUUGUUCAUCCUUGUGAUUCUUCACUACCCUAAACCUUCGGGGUUUUAGUAAUACUCAGCAUUAGCUUCUACUACGUGGCAAAAUAUCGCUGGAAAACUGAUUGUAAUGUUUCCAUAACCAUGUGUAAAUCAUGGUUGUCAGCUAUAUUGUGGCCAUGCAGACUUCAGAAGGCUUUCUGUUCCAAAAAUGCAGGCCUCCGCUGCUUGAACUAAGCGUAAUUUCCACCAGUGGUAGUAGACCUGAGAGGGACAGCCAUCAGUGGGGCGACGUGCUUAUUCCCAUGGAAGCAUGCCGGACGUAUCAUCCUCCAGUUAAGGGCAGUGGUACAACCACCAACGAAUGCUGGAAGUUACACGCUGUGGUAUUCAGUUACCUUGUACAUAGGCAGAAAAGGAGAUGUAGGACAGCAGUGUAAUAUGUUGCCUUGAGUCUACUUCUAACUGCUUUUAGAAGUAAAAAGCAGACUCUGCAGAAAUGGAGCUCUGGUUACUACGGGCUAGAUCUUCAUUUAGUACUGAUAUCUAAAUGACAUCGAAGUCAGUUACCUUUAGAACUCUUCAAUAGCCAUAUUUACAUGCAAGAAAACGGCUGCAAAGGCCUAACAUAAUAUUUGUACCUCUCUUCAGACUUACAGCUUUCAUGUUUUAUUCAGACAACUUACACAGACUACAUUUCCAAACUUUUGCUGGGCUACACUUCCAAACUUUUGCAUGGGAUAUGCGCUACUGGGAAGAGGGGAAGGAGCGCAUGUCUGCAUGCUGUGGAAGUCACACACAGAUCUACAUGCAUGUCACAUGUAAACUGGGUGCAGAUGCUUUUCUUGAUUUACACAUAGUUUGGAGGACGUUUUUGAGUUACAUGGCGUUCCAAUAUACUCAAGCAUUAUAACUCUUCCCUUAAAACGUGCAUUUGGGUAAUUAAUAUAAUAUAUGUGUAUAUCAAAAUUAACUAACUACUUUAUGUAAUCAUAAUGAUAUUUACUGCUUAAUUUACAGCUUGUGAAUCAAAAUGUAUUUCCUAACUCUUGGAAAAGGCUGCCAUUGUAUAUUGGUGGCAAAGAAGGAAAAUCAGAAAGCAACUCAGAAAAGAUUAUGCUUCCAACCAGUUCAGAGUAAGACACGCUAGGCCUGAAUCACUGUUGUCACUUUAUGUUGGAAUAACUGCAUUAAUUUCAGUGGGAUAACAGUAGUGCAAUAAGUAAAUUUUCCUUCCUUUCAUUAAAAAAAAUAAACAGACUUAACUGAGGAACAAGUUUUCUAAAGAUCAGGAUUCUCCGGUGUUCUACAAUGCCAAUUUGAUGAGUUUGUUUAAAGACGGGGCAGCUCCAGUCCUAUUCUAGCAACAAAGGUAAUUUUGCCAGCAUGGGGAGUCCCACUGAACUCAGUAGGACUGUACAAGCACGUGCAUUUUGCACGAUCACAGGCCUUUGGUGAGGAAAAAAAGCAAUGUUUCUUUUCUGUGACUGUUAUUUGAAAAACUCUGCCCCAAUUCCGCAUCUGAAUAAUUGUCUGCCCCAAUUCCGCAUCUGAAUAAUUGUUAUGGCAAGAAAAUCGUACUUACCUGAGGCCUUUUAAAAAAAUACUGUCAUGACAGAGUAAUUUAAAAGUUUAUUUUCCUUUAUCGUUUUGCUAUCCAUUUUGCCUGUCAUUGCUUCUGUGGCUGGCAACGUGACAUCCAUGGAAGGAGCCUCUCUCACAACUAAAUACAUUACCGAGGAGGUAGGAGUCUGUUAGUUGUUAAUGGGGUUUGAAAAUUACUCAUAACUAAUCCAAACCAUGUAUGUGCACUUUUCAUUCUCCUUUACAUGUUUUUUCAUUCCUGGUAGUGCGAAUGCAGAGCAGCGUAUUAUGUGCAUACAACCUGGAUAUAUUUCAUGGAAAUUAAUUUCCAAAUUUAUCACACUACUGAAAAUAUAUUUUCAAUAGAAAAAAUAUAACAAUGUUAAAACAUUUAUUAAUCAGAUAUAUUUUUUAUAUAAACAAGAGUUUGGGUAACCAGAAAGGAAAGAACAAGGGGUUCAUUGGGUGAGGAUGUUUAUUAAAAACAUUGUAAAUCCAGGAUUUUGUGGGUUUAUAUGGCUUGGAGUUUUUGUUGUUGUUGUGGUGCAGUAUGACACUUUUAUAUUAGUUAUCUUGAACAAAUUUACAUUUUGCCCAUAUUGAAACAUUUUAUUUGCUCUUGCUCUGAUUGCAAGCCUACUCUUGUUUUGGUUUCAUUUGGGUUUUUUCCUAAUUGUUUCAUUUAAAAACGAAUUAAAAACCAGCAGGGGUUAUUUUUCAAAUGUGAGCUUAAUUCUGUGCAGGCCACAAAUAUAUAUAUGAAAUUAGAGUAACUUUCUUUGUUACAGGGGGUACUUUCUUCAGAUGAAAAGUAGCUCUAGUUAUCCUGCAUAUUGCAGUGUACAGUUAGAGUUAAAAUUUAAAAAAUUUAAGCAAAUCUAGUAGGCUGUUCUUUAGAAUGUGGCCCACAUUGCAGAGUGCUUCACGACUAAAAGUACUCAUUGAAAGUUCACAAAAUAAAGUGUGCGUGAUAUGCAAGCUAAAAAAAAAGGCAUUAAAAUGCAGACAUAAGGAAAUAGUUAUGUUAUUUACAAAUAAUAUCCAUGUGUAGAUUUUUCUCAUAAAAUCCAUCCAUCUGUACUGUUACCACUACUUGUGUAUCACUUAAGCCUCCAAAACACAGUUUAAGUGAGGGCUUUGACUGCUGAGCAGGACCAGGUCAGUGUCUCUUGGCCGACAAGUGCACUGUCCCAGCUCACCAUCAUGUGCCAACCACAGUGCUUCCAAAGUUGACUGAGAAGCAAGUUGGAUGUCCAUGCAGCCAAGCAGGGCGGUCAUCUAGCAUGGAAAACAUAUCAGUCAUCCUUACUCAAGCUAUCCCCAACUUGUCAGUCAGAGCCCUGAGACCUACUGUGGGGAAGUCUUCACCUCACCUAAUUUUGGAGGCCUGCAUUUGAGCUAGUCAUCCAAGGUUCCCUUUUAAUCAAUGAAGAUAAGUGGGCCCUUGUAGAAUGUGAAUCAUCUUACAAAUGUAAUUAUUUACUUCUGGGUUAGAUGAAUUGUGCCAUUCAAAGAGAUCAAAAUGACUAGCUCAUAUCCAGGCAUCUGUGUUUGGUCAGGUGAAUGUCAUGCAUUGAUUGUAUCCAGUGUGUACGCUGAACCCAUGGAAAAGAGGGGAUCUUGUCCAUAAUGCUGGUGUUAAAAUUGAACAAGUAGCAGCAGAAGGUUUAGUAGAUUUUGCUCAUGAGGUGUUUGCACAUUGAAAUUACUGAGAAGCAAUGGGACUCCAUGAGGUGAAAGGAAGAGAACUGAGCGAUGUAAUUGAGUUUUUUCUUAAGCACAAGUUACACUUUUUGUUUCCCAUGAAUGUAAAUUCAGUGUCUCUCCAAUAAAAGCUUAGACACGUGCUAUGCUUUAAGACAUCAGCCAAGACGUUUCAGCAUAAGGCAAUCCUUUAAUUGCAAAUAGUGCACUCAACAAUAAAUUCAAUAAAAAUGGACAAAGCAUUCUGUGUCCAAAAUUGUGUUAGGUAUUAGCUGGAUUGUACUGACAUGGAACUCAUAGACUGUAGUACUUUGAUUUUUCUGUAAUUUAAGACUGACUAUCCAUUUUCCAAUUUUUAUAUGAUGAGCCUAAUACUGGGCUUCAUUAAUUUCUUUUUUAAUGCAAAUUCAUACAGGAUCCAAACAUGGGUCAUAAGUAACAUCCAGAUGUCCUUUAUUCAGAUGCAGUAGAGAUUUACUAUGUGGAGUAGCUGGGACUGUGGAGGUACCUAGUAAGACUGUAUUAACCACAGCAAUUUUGAUCUUAGAAUGACCCCAUGGGACCAUAUCAGCCACCGAGGUAAAGCAGUAUAGAACAUAUUGAACUUGUGUUGAAGACCAGUUGCUAAAUUUCAGCAGGCCCCAUUCCAAACUGAGGCAUGUAUUAAGCUGUUUUAACUCAGCUGAUGGAAUGAUUCUAUAAGACACGUUCUGGCAGCUGAGAAUUUCUCUUAUGAACACAGGGUAUCUGUAGCUAACCCAUCAUGGGCUCAAUCUUGGAAUAUGUCCAACAGAGAGUGGAAAGGAGGUCUCACUUCUAAUCCAGUCCAACACAUCUUUUAGAGUAACAAAAGUUAGUAUCAUAAUAAAAAGUCUGUCUUCCAUUGCAUCUUCUAGGAAAAGUAUUAAAACUAGAGAUACUUCACUUACGGCAUUUGCACAUGGUUGAAGAGCACUGUAUUCUGUGAAACAGUUUUCUUCCGGAAUACCCUUGUUCACCAAUUGUAAUUGAUCUCUUCUGAAUAAAUGGCAAAUACAAUAAUCUUUUUUUUCUUUUUAUAAUGGUACUAUUGUUAUUUUUUGAGAGUGAGGGAAAGAUGUAUUGGGCUGGGCUAACACUUAGUAGGACAAUGGUCUUGAAAUCUCUUGGAGAGACAAAUGAAUCAGCACUGAAGAAGAAAAAAAAAAUCCCUAAAGCCUACAAUAGGGUGAAAAAGGAAGAACUGUCUGUAUUGUGCUAAGGAGCUCUAACAAAACCCAAAAGAGUUGCAUAAGACAGUUCCAUGCAGUUACAGCUCAUAAAUACCUUCUACCAUCACAAACUGUAUUUAGUGGUGCAUACUGCUCAUCCAUGAGUGCUAUGGUUGUAUAUAGUUCCUCAGAUUAUGGACCAGGAUACGCUGAGCACGUUAUAAAAUAUUUGUCUAUAUGUACAUAAAGAAUUGUAAAUACAAUGUGUAUCAUAAUGGCUGAGAUUUGUCAAGCCUACAGAAUUAAUUACCUAACUCCCAAUAACGCUAAUGGGGUUGAUCUACUCCACUGGCUUUUAAAAUUUUUAACAGCAUGCACUGUAUGUGUAUAGUACUUCCAAAACUUCCUUGGCUUAUUAUCUGGAAAUGGAUAGCCUCCCUUUUCCUCUACAGGCAGAAAAAACGUUUUCAAACUGGUUUACAGAAAGCUGCCUGGUCACCUGACGCUGACCCUUAUACCACCACCACACCAAACACGCUUUCUACUUAUUCUCUGUACAACUAAUUACUGUAGAAAUCAUCAGUGAUCAUAAAGAGGAAGCAAGGUGCCCAUGAGGCAGCAUCUCUAGUAAGAGGUAGUCCAUGCUAUAAGAAGAUUGAGGCCCUCUGCUGAUGUCACCAAAGAUAUUUAAACAGUAUAUAAAUUAUUUUCUUUUAAAUAGCCAUUUAUAGACACUUAUGAGGUUAAAAUGAGGGGAAUUUUCAAUGGAAUAUGAGUAAGGAUAUGCCAAUAUAAAAAGAUGUGCUGAAUUUUAGAAAGGAAAACCAACAAAAAUGGUUGAUGAAAAAACAUGAGGUUAAAAAAUGGAUUAGAGCUAAAAUAUAUGUACAUAUUUUAUAUGUGAAAUAAUAUAAUGCCAUUCAGUGAAAUCUAUUUGUGUGUAUGUUUCUUUAAAUAUUCUACAUGAGAGUCUCUUACCCUUCUUUCGUGCAAGAGAUUUCCCAAGUACAUCUCUCUUCCAGAAAAGUUUGGCGUAUUAUCUGAUAUGAAAUAUCAGAAAUGAAAACCUGUGUAAUUAAACUGGAAUAAAAAAUGCCAAGUCAUGAUACUGAAGAUAUGGAAAAAAUAUAUUUAAAAGAUCAGUCUAAAAAUCACUUGAAGUUUUCACAGCUGUUCUACUUUGUUCCUGUCCAAAAUUCUGACCUAUGUCUAUGCAUCUGAGCGCCUCAGUAAUAAUGUAUGUACUGUGCCAUGCUCAGAAACUCCCGAAACAGUUACAGUUUUGUGUUUGUGCUGCUUAAUUCAUAUUAGAAGGCCUAUUAGAAAAGGGACUAUUUACAUGAGUAGAAUUAGGCAUAAAGGACUUGCAAAUCCAAGUCUCUAAAAUAUUUCUAAGGCAGCAUGAGAUAACAUUAUUUGAUCUUUUUUUUUUUUAACUUCAAUACCACAUAUGGUUUCCUUGAGGAGUCCAGUAUAUUCAUUGAUACGAUCACAAAACCUCCUGCGCAUAUUGUUCUCAAUAUGUGAGGAAAUAUUGCUGACUUUUUGCUUUCUUUGGGAAAUACUACACGUCUUGGGAAAUAUUAACCUCUAACAUGCACGUCAGCAAGCUGAUUGCAAAUUUGUGAAUAAACCAUAAUAUUAUACUAAUACUUCUCGUCAUUGACAAUUCAGUGAAGAACUGCUAAGCAGCAGCAUGUAUGUUGAGCAGUAGAUAAACGAAAACCCUGGGACUAAAAUACACAAAUCAAAGAGAAAUCUAGCUCUCUGUGUGAUGCCUGGGGCCUUGGUUGUAUAGAAAGAAACCUUGAGUCUAGGAUUCUGGAAAAUCAAAUUUGGGGAACAUCUACAUUGGAAUCCCAAAAUAUUCAUUUCUGGUUGUGAAUGAUGAAAAAGUGCCCAUUGAAACAGUCUAGGGAGUAUUUUCAUAGUAUCAUUACCGUGUAAUGCUGAGGCUCCUCUACAGCAGUGAUAAGAAAAAAAAAAUCUAUUUGCUGGUUUUUCAGGGUCUGGCCUAUGACAAUAAAACAGGUACAAUUGUCACCGUUUAGAUUAGAACCUCCAGUAGACACAAUUCUGUAACUGAAGGACCUCUUAUUGCAUACUGGCGUUUUUGAGAGGAACCUAAAUAAACAGUAGAGAGUAAAGCUAUCCAGUUAAAAAUGGCUUACAAACCGAAUUUUUGGUUUUCUCUCAUUCAGACUGAGCUCUACCCGAGAAUGAUUAAGAGGCAAAAAGGAAAAACAAAACAGGAUUAUUUUUUUUAAGCAGCUGAAUGCUCUGAGCUGUAUAACUUAGCAUCACAGUACCUUUAUGUACUUUCUGUAGAUUUGUAGGUUUUGUAGGUUUCUGUAGAUUUGCGUGGAAUGGAUGGGCUCAUUUAAUAGGGGAGAAAAGAGUGCACUGAGCAUAAAAGACAAUGCUACUACCUCAGGGGUGCAAUGAAAUAGAUUAUGGCUACCUUCAACAUGGCAGAGCUGAACUGCAAGGUACAAAAGGUGGUUGCUGCACUUCUGUUUUAUCUGGAAUCAGCUACUAUCUCUGAGUUUGGAAUAAGUAUUUAAAAUGACCUACACAUCUAAUAGAGUAUCUAACAGAAAUGUUUUUGGGGUUUUUUUUCCCCUAGAAAAUGCCCCAAAAUCCUGGAUUUAAAUUCAGGAUAAAACCAUCAUCCCCAUCAAACAAACAGAACCUACAAAAAAUAGGAUUCGUCUAUCUUUCUUCUUUCCUAAACAUAUACCGUUAUGCAAUACGAUCUCCCCUUCAUAAGAGAAGUUCUAGCUGAUAAUUUGCCUCUUUGAACAAGUUGUUUCAUACUCCUAGUGCAUUGCAGUGUAAGUUUUGAGACUUACCAGUUAAUGAAAGGCACAGUAGCAAAUUAAAUAACUAAUGCCCUCCUAGUGUUUCUGUCUACUGGACUCUUUUGUUAAUU